AUGACUUGGACGCCGACGUGGACACCUGAUGAGGCGGUCGUGCUCGAAGGUUUACAGCAGCGCAAUUCAGAACGCGACGCAGCCCUCGACAAGAUAUUCGAGAAAGAAGCCAAGCCCCGAAAGUGGAACUGGCCUCCAGAAGCUUUGGAGAUCGUAAAGAAAGCACAGGAUGAUAAAGCUAACGUUGAGGAGCUACUUACGAGAGACCUGGUUAAGCUAUAUACUUGGCCGAGUGAGGAACUGGCGCGAGAUGAUGUCCUCAUCGAAGGCAAGGGUGCUUUUGUUACUUUCAAUCGCAAAAGGACCUGGAUCGAAGACCUUGGCUUUUACAAGUUCCAGACUGAUUACACAUUCUCUGAUAAUUGGGAUAAAGAGCGGAUGGUAGUGACUUUCUUCGUGCCGAAGGGACUACCUGCUGGGUACAAAGCCCCGGUUAUGUGGUUCUUCCACGGUGGCGGCUUUUGUACGGGUGCUGGUGAUUUCCCCGCUUGGUACUCCCAGACUUCAGUUCAGAAAGCCAUAGACAAAAAAGCUAUCAUCAUCGCGCCAGACUACCCCCUCGGCCCCGAAGGAAACUAUAAGGACAUCGUGGAUAGUAUCCAAGACUUCCUCAACUGGUACAAGGAAGAGGGUUCCCUCGAGCCUCGUUCCGAAAGCUGGACACAAUGGCUCUACAAUCAAGAGCCGAAGCAAGAUUUCAUCAUCGACAAAGACCACGUGUAUAUAGAAGGCGAGAGCGCUGGUGGACACGCCGCCGUUACUGCAAUGUGGCUCAAUGCCACCAAAGGUGGAACCAACCUUCCCAUCGAUGUGGCGCUCCUGCGAUACCCAAUGAUUGCACACUACGCGCGAAACUGGGACGAGUGCGCCAAAGCCACCAAGCAAGAUGGGAAAGUAGAUUUUAUGGGAAGCCUCUUUACCAAAGAAGAGGUCAAGAGCCGUAAAGAAGAUAUCGAAAAAGUGAUCAAUGAACUCGAAGAUCGCGGGCUCGUACCGACCUGUUCAUCACGCUGGCCCGCGGUGGGCAUGGCUUUCGCCUUUGUUCUCUCUGUAACGGAGAGAUGGCAAUGGUUCUUCCAACGUAGACAUAAGUUGGCCGAUCCGAAGAAGCAGAAGGAAUCAGACUAUAUGGACGGUAUCGAGCGCGUGGAGCACACACAUGCAGAAGUCGAGCACGAUCUACUUCCUCCAAUCUACAUCAUUCAUGGAGAUGAGGACAAGAAUUGUCCUCCCAAGAACACCAAAAGAUUUGUGGAAACACUGCGCAAGACGUAUCCUACGCGAUACAAAGACGACAAGACGCUUCGACUCGAUAUAGUGGAUAUGAUUUCAAAGAAACCUCAUUCGGAUGAAGGUCGACCGAUGGUCCUAAACAACGCUAAGGAAGUGGGCCAUGCCUUUGACUAUUCGCUUGACGAGAAGAACGAGAAGUUCUUGAGAGAUGCUUAUGAUUGGAUUGGUGCAUAUUGGAAGCCCAGUAAGUCGGAUAGCCUAUCCUCUUCUCUUAAAGAUUAG